AUGCCUGGCCCAGCAAGCGGUAGACCAGCGAAUUCCAGCCUACCUAUUCCUAUUCCUCCGAUCGAGAUUGGUUCAUUUGUGGCACCACGGCCCGACAAGAGUGAAUUUAUCGGCAGUGCAAGUGGGAUUUUCUUCGCGAACACAGUCUUUCGCGCUUUUGCGACAUUGCUACCUGCAUCCAGCCAUAGCCCGUCUGACGAGAUUGGUAGCGGUCUCAUGCACAGUGACGCGCAGAGGAGAGUGCAUGUAACCGAACCCCAGAGCCAGGGAGCACCAGAUUCCGCUCAUGACUACGUGCUUGCGUCCGAAAACCUGCAGGAGCAAAGAGUCGAAGAGGCAGCUAUACAAGACUCCUUGAAUACAGCAGCAAGCAACUUCCUCGGUCAACCGGGGACUCAAGGUUCUUCAACAUUGGUGCCGCCCACGGUCGGUCUUUCGUAUGGCAUCGCCGCCUCAGGCAUCGGCCUGCCUCCGUCUGCCGCCGUCGCAAGAGACCUUCUUGUCCGCUAUUUUAAAAAGUGGCAUCCCUUCUUCCCCUUUCUCCAUGGACGGACGUUCUUUGACCAAGUGGAUGGCUUUUACGACCGAGGUGGAAAUGUUCCCGUUAAAGAGCACCAGGACAUACCUGGGAUUCGCACUCGAAUGACCCAGGCCGUGACAUUUCAAUGUGUCUUCAACAUUGCUGCUGACUCCUUAGAAGGUUUGGCCCAGCUUGAUGUUUCGUGUCGCAUCUCGUCCACUACAGCUCUGAUAAACCUUCUCGGAGUUGUGUCUAGUGGCCAUGAUCUCCCUUCGCUGCAAGCACUGCUGGCGGUGGAGGUGUAUCUCAUUAAGAGGAUGGCUCUGCGAGCAGCAUCGACUGUGCAUGGUACACUUACCAGGAUACUUUACCAUUGCGGGCUGCAUCGAUGCCCGUUUCGUUACAUUCAACUAUCUCGUGAUGCGUGUGACAUCCGGCAAAGGAUCUUCUGGUGUGCUUACAUCCUCGAUCGACAGCUCAGCCUCCUGCUAGGCCAUCCCCCGGCUAUAAAGGACACUGAGGUUGACGUGUGCAUACCUGGAAUGGCAGAGCUUCACAACCCGGUCAAGGAAUGUCAGCCGAAGUCUAGUAAUAGUCUACCGGCGGACGGUGGCGAUGAAAUCACGGCGCAUCUGCCUAGGGGUCACGCCGUCGGUCGUCCCUCAGCCGCUUCCGCUAGAUGUGAGAAUGAGACUAGGCACGACGCAACACCUGUUGAUGCACAUGAUGCGAAUGUCAACAGUAUUGAGGCCGAGAGCCCUACUCGGCACCACAAAACAGCCCCAAGAGAGGCUGGUGAGUUUGUCCUGGGCUACCUCGUGAGGUAUUCUCGGUUAUGCGGGGUUGCCUUUGACCUGUUUCACACGUCGAUACAUAAUCGAUACGUGACAUGGGAUCAAGUUCUUGACCUCUCGUCGCGGAUCCAGUCGUGGUGGAAUGGCCUGCCCCUGACGCUGCAAGAGAACAAUUCUCAGUCGUCUUGUCCCGCGCUGGAAUUCAGCCCGUACUUUGUGACGAUGUACCAGCACUUGGUGCUCUUCGUCAACCGCUCUCCUCUUUCCCUGCCAACUCACCGAAUAGAAUUUCGAUCCAGUAUCCAAUCUGCACUGAGCGCCAGUAGAGCAAUCGUGCGGAGCCUUCGAAGACCCCAAGUACAAGACCAUCCUGCGCUGUUUGCCUGGCCGACCACCCUGUCCGCUACGUGGAUGGCGGGACUCGUCAUUGCGUUUGCAAGUCUGCUGAAUCUUUACCCAUUUCACAAGGCCCAAAAUGACAUGAAUGAUGUCCUUAUCAUUCUAGACAGUAUGGGCCAAGACUGGACCAGCGCGCGGCAUUGUCGAGCAGCUCUGAAUUCGCUCCUCUCCAGGUUGACGUCCCGAACUGGCACGGAAAUUUCACUUGACGAGGCAACGCCUAGCAGCCGCGGCAAUUCCCUCAUCCAUUCUCAGACGAUCGAAGAAGCUACGCAGCCCGCGGAAGAACAACCCUCUCGUGCUCGCAGCAAGCGACGGAGGUACACGUUGGAUAUCGGCCAAAACUCUGCGAAUCAUCCAGGAGAUAUCAUAUAUGAACGGGCCACUGUAGAUGGUCCGCUGUCAGAAGUUAUCACAGAUCGGCACCCAGUCCUGCAAUACUCUGGGCCAGACUUUGGUUUUGAUUCGGCCUCAGCCUCUGCUUAUCCAAGUGGGUGGGAGACCAUGCUGGAUCAGAACUUGGGCCUGGAGACAUCAGGGCAAUUCUUUGACAGCGCGGAAUGGGAUAUGUACAUGCAAAAUUUUGGAGACCGGUUUGGGCUGUAA